AUGAUCCGAGAACUGUGGCGAGCGUUGGGUAUCGACCCGGAGAUCACACCCAACCACUUGACUCUCGGCGAGAUUGGCAUUGAAUCCAUGUUUGCCGUUGAGUUGCAACAGGAGUUGGAGAGGGACUGGAAUACGAAGGUAUCGCUAAAUCAGGUGAAGAGUAUAACUAUCGGUAUGUUGAAGGACUACGAGGUGGGCGCUGUUGGCGAAAUCAAAAAGCAUUUGGACGAUAUCAAAAGGGCUAGACUCGCCCUUCUAAAGUUGAAUUUCGUGAUGCCUACCCAAACCCAUACACCGCUCAACACUGUAACAAAAGGGACGCCCAUAUACUUUAUGCCACCCAUUUUGGUGUCAUUUGGUGCUAUGGAAGAGUUGGCCCAAAGAAUUAACCGACCGGUGAUUGGUCUGAAUUGGACCCGUGAGGUGAGCGCACUGACCACUAUGAAAGCGGUGACCGCCUAUUACGUGAAGCUACUGAAAACGCUUGAGCCGAAAGGCAAGUGCGAUGUGUUGGGCUAUUUCGACGGCGCCAUCAUUUGCUCAAAGUAUUUGCUGAAGGGAAUGGUUGGGCGGGCGGUGAUCAUCGACGUGAUCAACGACACCCGCUUUCGGGACGAGUUUAUGACCGACGAGUAUAUACUCGAAUAUUUGCUGUCAUUCCUCUCCAACGCCAUUCCCGACUCGUUCAGAGAGAAAAUACUGCGUGAUUUGAAAAAGGAGCAGGGUAUGAGUGGCAAACUCAAGUUCAUUGUCAACGAGUUGGGCGACUUUGCGGGCAAAGGUCUGGUGGCCACUGAUAUGGAGGAGAUCUUUGAAGUGAUGAUAAGCAGAAUUCAAAUGCUUUCCAAAUACCGAAUGGAAAAGAAGAAGAAGUUGUCCAACAAAUUGAAGACAACGAUCGGCAAGAAGUGGUCCACAAAGACGGGUAAACUCGUUAUCAUUAAACCGUUUCAGUUUGAAUUGUGCGAAGACGUCGACGAGACUAUGGAGAAGGCACGCGACACUUAUUUUCUACCUGGAUCAAAUGAGCAGGGUAUGAGUGGCAAACUCAAGUUCAUUGUCAACGAGUUGGGCGACUUUGCGGGCAAAGGAUUAUUAUUGUGUGCUCUGGUUUUGAUGGGUUUGGUGGCCGGCAUGUGGUGUCGCUGUGGCACAGAUGGCAAGUGCCCCUCAGGCCAGUGCUGUAUGUUAGACAUACACACCAUUACCGAGUCAUGUGUUACUCACGUCAAGAAAGGCGAUGGAGGCUGUGGUCCCCGACAAACUGGAUAUUGCUGCGUUAAAGGCUUACUUGCGGAUCAGGGAGUUUGCAACGACCUAUUGCCCAAGGGCACUUCGUGCAAAAACACUUAUUGCCAUAUCCUAUGCCUGAGCAGAGAGUCCACACCAACAGUGGGCUCAUCCAAUAUAACGAGUCUGGGUUUGUGUAACAUUGUUAUGGCGAUCGACACCCGGCGCUGUUCGCCACCGCUUAAUACACCGAUAAGUCUCGACAAAUCGGGCAAAUCUAAUAAACGACGCAAACCUUCCAAUUGA